UGUCAGUCCCACUUCCCCUCCUUGCUCCCCAUCCUCCCAGCCACACACCAAACCCAUUGUAUGUUUUCCCUUCUCACGGGAGCUUGUGAGAGACCGAAAUUGAAACUAAGAAGCCCUAAAAUGAGCAUGUUCACAGCUUAGCUGCCCAGAGGGGACAUGCAGCCGUGAGAGACAGACAGACACGGGCGGGAGCGCAAACUCACGGCCACUCUGAGCUCAGACGGCCGCACAGAGCAGCUCUGAAAAAGAGGCCUCCAAUCGCUGUACCAGUGUGAAAGGUUCCGGGUGUGUUUCCUCCUUUCUGCAGAAGGGACGACUGAUUUCCAGCCGCCCGUCAGACUGGAAGAACCCAAGAAAGCUGAGCUGGGACUGUGACUAACCUCCUGGCCCCCCUGCAGCACUUUCCUGCAGUCUCUAGCUGGUGGCCUGCAGGCAGGGCCCCUGCCCAUCACAAAACAGGAUAUGGCGAGAAAUCAGCAGGCGGGAGAUGAAGAGGCCCCCCCUGAUACAUGGCGCCAUGGUCAACAUGGAGACUCAGAGCUGAGACUCGUCCUUGCCGGUAAGAGCGGAGCGGGGAAAAGUGCGACUGGAAACAGCAUCCUUGGAGAGAACGUGUUUGAAUCCAAACUUGCAGCCCAGGCAGUAACCAGAGUUUGUAGAUCUGGCAGGAGGGACUGGGAUGGGAAGAAGAUUCUGGUGAUUGAUACGCCUGCAAUUUUCAACCCCCAGAACUGUAGCAGGGAAGUUUACCAAGAGAUCAGCCACUGUAUCAUGCUGUCCAUCCCAGGCCCUCACGUGCUGGUGCUGGUGACCCAGCUGGGCCGUUACACUGCAGAAGACCAGGAAACAGCCGUGAGGCGAGUCCAAGAGAUUUUUGGACGUGGGGCCAUGAGGCACAUGAUCAUCUUGUUCACCCGGAAGGAAGAUUUAGGGGGCGGUUCACUGAGUCACUACGUGAGCCACUCGGAUAAUAAAGCUCUGCGGACUCUGAUUCAGCAGUGUGGGGGCCGAUACUGCGCCUUCAAUAACAAAGCAUCUGGAGCAGAACAGACAGAGCAGGUCCAUGCGCUGAUGGAAAUCGCUGAGAGGAUGGUGAAGGAGAAUGGAAACGCCUAUUACACAAGUGAAUUAUACGUUGAGGCCGAGGUGAUGCUCCGUUAUGACAAUGGAAACUUUGAAGAAAAAUGCAGAAAUUUUGGAGAAAAAGUGGAACAGCACAUGAAACCCCAAAAGGAAGGCAUGGUCCAGGGGGUAUUAAACAGCAUUUGGAACGCGUGUUGUAGCAUUUGGAAUGCAUGUUGUAGACUUACAGUUUACCUGUGGGAAUUUGUGAUUAAUGUAUUUAGGAGAGGAUGGAGGUUGGUUGUUUCAUUGUAUAAUUACUGCUUUGGUUAAUCCUGACAACAUAGUUUCAUGUUUCAUUUUCUCUUGUGGUUUAAAUGUAGUUUAUUAAUAAUCAUGAGCAGAAUUUCACUUCAAUCUAACCUGCUGCUUCCUGUGGUCUGCAGCUCAGCUUCUUACUUAGCCCUGGACUAUCAAAAGAUGAAUGGACCAAUGAGGAUGAGAUGAAAUCCUUUCUAGUUGCUCUAUCUACAUUUCACACACCAGGCCCCAAAAGGCCUGUCCAUGGCUCUGCAAAUAAAACAUGG